AUGUCCUCAGGUGUCGAUAUUCCAAUUCUAUUGAGUAUUCACCACAUCAAUUAUACUCAGUUGCCUCCUUCCUUUCGCAGAGUCGUUAUGGCCGACUUUUCUACCCUCAAUGGCAAUGCCAAUCACGAGUCAGAAAAGAAGAGAACUCCCAGAAAGCUAGUUCUGUGCUUUGACGGCACCGGCAACACCUUCACCGGUUCCAACUCCGACACAAAUGUGGUCAAGAUUCUGAGUAAACUCGAUCGCAACGAUCCUGACCAGUACCAUUACUACCAGACUGGCAUCGGCACAUACGACAUCAAUGAUGAGUCUGUUAACAAGGGUGUAAUUGGCGAAUUCAAAUCUUCCAUCUCGCAGACCAUCGACCAAGGAAUCGGAACGACUUUCGAUGCUCACGUUAUGGCUGGCUACCGGUUCCUGAUGCGUUACUAUGAUUCUGGUGACAAGAUCUACAUGUUUGGAUUUAGCCGUGGCGCCUUCACUGCCAAGUUCCUUGCUCGCAUGGUUCAUACAGUUGGGCUACUUUGCAAGGGAAACGAGGAGAUGGUCCCCUUCGCGUACCGUCUCUACCAGCGCUACUUGGCUGGGGAGGUCGAAGACUUCAUUGUGUCCCACCCCAAGAAGUCCAAGAAGGAGAAGAAGCACAAGAAGAACAAAAAAGCCCCCGCCAAUGGAGAUGUACCGACACCGCCACCUGAGCUAGAAGACGAAGAGCCGUUGCAUGAGGGUCAUCGCGAUGAUGAGGACCCGGCAACCCACGGGGCGAAGUACGCAGUCGCUAGGGACGAGAUUGCCGCCUUCAGCGACACAUUCUGCCGCAAGGAGAAGGCGAUGCACUGUGGGAAGAUGGAGGAGUCCAACAUCAAGGUCUUCUUCCUCGGCAUCUGGGACUGCGUCAACUCCGUCGCUGUCUUGGAGCGAACUGCACCGGUACCCGUGCCUGUUGUUGGCACUGCUCACCAUGUGCGCCAUGCUGUAGCAGUCGACGAGCGACGCGUCAAGUUCAAGGCAGCUCUCCUGGCCCAAGACAUGAAGGAGUCAGACCACAACCAUGAAGACAUCAAGGAGGUCUGGUUCCCGGGCUGCCACGGUGACGUUGGUGGUGGGUGGCCUGCGUCUGCUGAAAGCAAGCUCGACAAUGGCAUCGAGAUGACCUUCUGGGAGCGCGUCAAGAACUUUUGGACGACACGGAAGGAGAAGGCAGCCAGCAAGGCUUUGGGUUGCGACCGGCUCCAAUUGAGUGAUGUUCCGCUUGCUUGGAUGAUCCGCGAGGUGAAGCUUGUCGGCCAAAGAGAGGAAGUUGCGGCACUGAAAUGGCGCGAGAACCUCGAAGUUUUUGAGAAGCGAUUUGCAAAGAAGAAGGAUAAGGCAACGAUGGGUGUCAUCCACGAUUCAUUGGCGUAUGGCCGAGGUACAAGCUUCUUCCGCGUGCUCCUGUGGAAGCUCAUGGAAUGGCUGCCUUUCAUCACUCGGUGGGAGCUUGAGGACAGUGGCUGGGAAAAUGUUCGUUUCCCGCUCAACAAAGGCAGCACGCGAGACAUUCCCAAAGACGCUGUUCUCCACGAGUCUGUUCUCUGGCGAUUGAAGAACGACUCAAAGUACUGCCCGCAGAACAACCACGGUGGUCGGCAGCUCCCCUGCUUGAAACACGAACACAACAUUGCGGAAUGUCAUCCUGUGGAAGAGCACAUCCAUGAUGAAAAUUGUGACCAUCAGAUCUACAAAAUUACAAGGUCUGCCUCUGAUCUUGUUACUCGGACUUAG